GGGGUGGGUGUGCCCAAGGAAAUCACCCAUCGCCUGCACACUCAGUGGAUGCUGCGUCGCCAUGGAGGAGGUGGUUUCCAUGGCAACCGUUGCCAUGCCGAUGGCUACCAGAGAAGGACCUGAGAGCAUCCUAGGGAGGUUUGCCAGCCUCUCCCUGAUGCUAAGGAUGGAUUUAUAAGGCACCCUUCCUCCCAGUGUGCAAGGGAGACGUUUGGCAGCAGGACGUGUCCGGAGAUGCGCAGGGUCACGCAGGAGGCUCAGCGCUGGCGCAAUGAGAACUAUGAGAGGCCAGUGGACCUGGAGGGCUCCGGGGAUGAUGAUCCCUUUGGGGAUGAUGAACUGGAUGACAUCUACUCGGGCUCUGGCUCAGGCUAUUUUGAGCAGGAGUCGGGGUUGGAGACAGCAGUCAGCCUCACCACGGACACAUCCAUCCCACUGCCCACCACGGUGGCCGUGCUGCCCGUCACCUUGGUGCAGCCCGUGGCAACUCCCUUUGAGCUGUUCCCCACAGAGGACACGUCCCCUGAGCAAACAACCAGCGUCUUGUAUAUCCCCAAGAUAACAGAAACACCAGUGAUCCCCAGCUGGAAAACAACCACCACCAGUACCACUGCCAGUGACUCCCCCAGCACCACAGCCACCACCACCACCACGGCUGCCACCACCACCACAACCACCACCACCAUCAGCACCACUGUGGCCACCGCCAAGCCCACCACUACCCAGAGGUUCCUGCCUCCUUUUGUCACCAAGGCAGCCACCACCCAGGCCACCACCCUGGAGACGCCCACCACCUCCAUCCCUGAAACCAGUGUGCCGACAGAGGUGACCACAUCACGGCUUGUCCCCUCCAGCACGGCCAAGCCGAGGUCCCUGCCAAAGCCAAGCACCUCCAGGACUGCAGAACCCACGGAAAAAAGCACUGCUUUGCCUUCCAGUCCCACCACGCUGCCACCCACAGAAGCCCCCCAGGUGGAGCCAGGGGAGUUGACAACGGUCCUCGACAGUGACCUGGAAGUCCCAACCAGUAAUGGCCCCAGCGGGGACUUCGAGAUCCAGGAGGAGGAGGAAACAACUCGUCCUGAGCUGGGCAAUGAGGUGGUGGCAGUGGUGACACCACCAGCAGCACCAGGGCUGGGCAAGAAUGCAGAGCCGGGGCUCAUCGACAACACGAUAGAGUCUGGCAGCUCGGCUGCUCAGCUCCCCCAGAAGAACAUCCUGGAGAGGAAGGAAGUGUUGAUAGCUGUGAUUGUCGGCGGUGUGGUGGGAGCCCUCUUUGCUGCCUUCCUUGUCAUGCUGCUCAUCUACCGGAUGAAGAAGAAGGACGAGGGCAGCUAUACAUUGGAGGAACCCAAACAAGCCAACGUGACCUACCAGAAGCCGGACAAGCAGGAGGAGUUCUACGCGUAGGACAAGAGCCCGGCAUGCCUCACGCUCCCUGCUCCUGCUCCAAACUCUCCCUCCUCUCCUCCAUCCCGUCUCUUUAUCUCUCUUCUCUUUUGGAUCAGACUGUGAAUUUAAAAAGCAAAAAAAAAAAAACAAACAAAGGAACAAAAACACACGAAAGGAGAAACCGUACCUUUGGCGCGAGGAGAUGCCACGUUGCGGAUGGCGGAUGGAGCUCACGGGGCUUUUCCCACCUCCAUGGCGGACUCUGGGAUCCAGAUACCUUGUACAGCCCUAGGGCGCAGGGUUUGGAUUUAUCUUCUUCUUUUUUUUU